GCGCACGACAGUGUGGUACCCAAGUGAGCUGCGACACAGUGACAGUUCUUCCCGGGCAAUUGUUUUUAGCGGUCGCACGGCCUUCGUGAUAAAUAAAUUUAAUAGUAAAAGUCAAAAAGUGUCUGACCUCUUUCUCUUAAGAUUAUGUCGAAAAAUUUAAAAGUGAAAAGUGCGGGCGACACGAUUUAAAAUUUAAACAAGAGUUUCGGUGAAAGUGGAACCGAGUGAAAGUUAAAAUUUCGGACGAUGGAUUCACCUCAAAUGUACGACAAUCAGCAGCAUCAACAAAAUAACGCUGUGGUUAAUCAAGAUGCUAAAAAGACUGUUAUAAUGAACAAUAAUAACAACAAUCUUACCACCCUUAAUAACAACAACGGUAGCUCUAAACAGACGCAAGCUCUGUUAAAGCAGCAUCAGUUGCAGCAAUACCAACAACAUGGUGAACUUAGUGACUUAAAUACCCCCGAAAUAUCUUUAGACUUACAAAAUUUAAUAGACGAUUCUCAAUUUAGUGAUGGUUUGUUUACGGAAAUUCUUUCUAAUCAAGGUAAACACAUACAAAACUUACAGAACAGACAAGUGAUGGGUGUACAUAAUACAAAUUAUCCAAGAACUACUUUAGCGUAUAUGCCCCAACCCGUUCACAGUGGAGCUACUUACUCUACCAAUCAAAACUCAAAUAGUGACUCUAAUAGUUCGGUCGGGAGUGACGUACCUAGUAUAAAAGAAGAACCGAUGGAUCCCCAGGAAUACAGGAGGCAGCCUUGCAACAUUCUUCCGAACAGCUACAUCCCCGGAUCGUAUCCCCAAAAUCCAGGCGCAACCUUCACGACCCUAACCCCUAGCCCAGUCAUACAUCACCAGCUUAAUAUGAACGCUAUGAAAAACAAAGCAACUCUAUUAAAUCAACACAAUAUAGCUAGAAAAAAUAUGAAACCCUGUGAUAAAAACAGCGACGAAUACAGAAGGCGAAGGGAAAGGAACAACAUCGCUGUGAGGAAGAGUCGAGAGAAAGCCAAAGUCAGAACCAGGGAAACCGAAGAAAAAGUCAAAAUCCUCAUCAAAGAGAACGAAAGGCUACAAAAAAGGAUAGAGUUGCUUACGGAGGAGUUGAACGUCCUACGCAGCCUUUUCUCCAGCGUGGGGGUUCUCCCGGAGCACGUCCACAGGGAGAUCAACAAACACCUAGACUCGUUCCAGCUGCAGCACCAACAACAACAACAUAUGUCUGAAGACAACAGGCAGAGGAUGAUGGAAAUCGUCCACGAUUACGGACCAUAGCCUCCAAUAAAUUAAUAGGUAUAAGGUCGUAUUUCACAUAAAACUAUUUUUUUUAUUGCGAUAUAUAUUUAAAUAAAACAAAUUUUUCACAAAGAACAAUAUGAAAACAUGAAUUACAUAUAUAUCUUAAGAAACGCUAAUUUUUUUAAUUAACUUUAAUGUUUCCACUACAUUUUCAUAAAAACAGCAUAAGAUAUAA